AACUGGGGGGGGUGGGGGGGAGAAAAAGAGACGAUUCCUUCCAAUCCAACAAGCCUGGGGAGCACUGCAUUCUUGAAUCCUGCAUUUUCUCUCAAAAUGAUGGUGUGGGCACUUCUGUUCCUCUCGCUCAUCCAGUGUUCCAUCCAAAAGGGAGAUGAUGAUUAUGAAGAUUACACUUCAAAUAAGACCUGGGUUUUGACUCCCAAAGUCCAUGAGAGUGAUGUCACUCUUAUUUUAAAUGGCUUGCUGGAAGGAUAUGACAACAAAUUGAGACCUGACAUAGGAGUUAAACCAACAAUAAUUCAUACUGACAUGUAUGUAAAUAGCAUUGGGCCUGUGAAUGCUAUCAAUAUGGAAUAUACAAUUGAUAUAUUUUUCGCCCAAACGUGGUAUGACAGACGUCUGAAGUUCAACAGCACUAUCAAAGUGCUCAGAUUAAACAGCAACAUGGUUGGGAAGAUCUGGAUACCAGACACAUUUUUCCGAAAUUCCAAGAAAGCUGAUGCCCAUUGGAUAACAACACCUAACAGGAUGCUCAGGAUCUGGAAUGACGGCAGAGUGUUGUACACAUUGAGGCUGACAAUUGAUGCUGAGUGUCAGCUACAGCUGCACAACUUCCCAAUGGAUGUCCAUUCAUGCCCUUUGGAAUUUUCAAGCUAUGGCUACCCAAGAGAAGAGAUCAUUUACCAAUGGAAGCGCAGCUCAGUGGAAGUGGGGGACACCAGGUCCUGGAGACUUUAUCAGUUCGCCUUUACGGGAUUAAGAAAUACAACUGAGGUGGUGAAGACUACUUCAGGAGACUAUGUAGUCAUGUCUGUUUACUUUAACCUGAGCAGGAGAAUGGGUUAUUUCACAAUUCAGACCUACAUUCCCUGCACACUUAUUGUUGUGUUGUCCUGGGUCUCUUUCUGGAUUAACAAGGAUGCAGUUCCAGCCAGAACAUCAUUGGGUAUUACAACUGUCCUGACAAUGACCACACUAAGUACAAUUGCUCGUAAAUCUCUUCCCAAAGUCUCCUACGUGACAGCAAUGGAUCUUUUUGUGUCAGUCUGCUUUAUUUUUGUUUUCUCUGCACUGGUGGAAUAUGGAACUUUGCACUACUUUGUCAGCAACAGAAAGCCAAGCAAGGAUAAAGACAAAAAGAAGAAAAAUCCACUUCUUCGGAUGUUUUCCUUCAAGGCACCUACAAUUGACAUCCGACCUCGAUCAGCUACUAUUCAAAUGAACAAUGCUACACACCUCCAAGAAAGGGAUGAAGAAUAUGGGUAUGAAUGUCUUGAUGGCAAGGACUGUGCCAGUUUUUUUUGCUGCUUUGAGGAUUGUCGAACGGGAGCAUGGAGGCACGGAAGAAUACAUAUCCGCAUUGCCAAAAUGGACUCCUAUGCCCGCAUCUUCUUCCCAACUGCCUUCUGUUUGUUUAACCUGGUGUAUUGGGUAUCAUAUCUUUACCUUUAAAAGUAGAAGGAAAUCAGUGAUAUGAGCCUUACUCACUGAAUUUCUUAGAGAGAUGGUUACCUACCACUUGAAGAAUUAAAUAUGCGCUUUAUAGUGGUCUGAAUUCUUUAGUGCCAUAACCCAGUAAAUAUCAAUCGUAUCAUCUGUCCAAAAAUUGCCAUCAGGUCAUUGUGAAUUAAAUGUCCAUUCAACAUGCCAAAAUAAUUUGAAAUAGAAAUUGCAUAAAUAGGUAAUAUGCAGCUAUACCUGCUGGAAUAGAAAGAAAAAGAGCAGAUAGGGCAAGGAAAGCAUGGCAACGUCCCUUAAUAGUUGGCACUGCUGUUUCAAACAGGAGUGAGAGAGGGGAAAUUUCCCAGGUAAAGUGCUAUACAGUUUGUUAAGACUGGCUAUAAUUACAAUAUGGCUUUAUUCUCUGUGGGGUUUUUCUUUUUUGGAAGAGUCAUCUUUCACUUUGAAUAGGUAUUAUUAAACUAGGAAAGUUAACUUCUACUCCCACCAAAAUAAAAAUAGACAUCUCCCUUUGCCAUCCCUUUAAGAGCACAUGUACAAUGCUGUAAAUAUUUCAAUACCUUGUAGUACAUAAAGUUUAGUGCAUGCAUCUUUUGGGGGCCAAAAUAAAUGAAACAAAGGUACCAUGAAGUUUUGUCUUUUAUUUUGUGUCUCUGGAUGUGCUAUUGUAAUUGAAAUGUGGACAAUUAUUUUUUUUUUUCCUUGAAAAAUUACCCCUUUCCCUCAAUGCAUGGAAGAUCCAAGCAGAGAGCACUUUCAUGUAAGACAUUAGAGAAGCCUUAAGGAUUCAAAUAAAUAACAUGUAGACAAAUCUGUAUGGCCAAUAUAAUAGCUCAUAAGGUAUACUGUAUGUGUCUGCUGCAGGUGUAACCUUCAUUUCCCAUUGACAAUGUUGCUAUAUUUCAACUGAAUUUCCAGUAAUUAUACAUUGCAAGAUCAGUUUCCAUGCACUUUUAUUGUUCUUUUCCCAUGUGUUUGUGGGUUGUUCAUUUGUUUACUCUUAAUUCAGUUCAGGACAUAGCUAUUCUUCUAGAUAUUAUUUUCACAUAUGAGCUUCAAGUUCAUUUUGAAACAUUAGAUUUUGUAUUAUAUAUACACAUCCUAUUCUCUGCUCACUCAUGUCCUGGAUCAGCAAUGGUUGUUGUCAGUGCUGCUUUUCACUCAGUGAGUACCUUUACUAAAACAAACCUUUACCAUGGCUAGCACACAGUUUCUAGACAGCCUUGAAAAUAAAAGAGGACAAAUGGUGUCUUGACAACUAAAUCACACGUAUGCAGUUCAUCUGUAUUUAAAACCUCCAACCCACCUGGGUGAAUCUUGAAAACCAUCUAUCCACUGGUUUUCAGGACCUGUAUGAUGCUCAAUUAUGCAACCUCAAGCACAUGUAAAUAUGAUUGACCUUUUUUCUUUUUUUUGUU